UGCCGCUCCAGGCCGCCGCCGCGAUGGACGAGAAGUACCUGCCCGAGCUGAUGGCGGAGAAGGACUCGCUGGACCCGUCCUUCACCCACGCCCUGCGGCUGGUCAACCAAGAAAUUGAAAAAUUCCAAAAAGGGGAAGGAAAGGAAGAAGAAAAGUAUAUUGAUGUAGUCAUCAACAAAAAUAUGAAGUUGGGACAAAAAGUUUUGAUUCCAGUAAAACAAUUCCCUAAGUUCAACUUUGUGGGAAAACUCUUGGGUCCACGUGGCAAUUCUCUAAAGCGCUUACAGGAAGAAACACUGACAAAAAUGUCUAUUUUGGGAAAAGGUUCUAUGAGGGACAAGACAAAGGAGGAAGAGUUGAGAAAAAGUGGAGAGGCAAAGUACUUCCACCUAAAUGAUGACCUGCAUGUCUUAAUUGAAGUAUUUGCUCCACCGGCAGAAGCAUAUGCCAGAAUGGGACAUGCAUUGGAAGAAAUCAAGAAGUUCCUCAUCCCUGACUACAACGAUGAAAUCAGACAGGCACAGCUUCAAGAAUUAACAUAUUUAAAUGGUGGUUCAGAAAAUGCAGAAGUUCCAGUAGUUCGUGGAAAAGCAUCUAUUCGAGCAAGAGGAGUACCAGUUCCUGCUUUGUCCAGCAGGCUGUGUCUGGGAACUUCACUGCUCACCCCUGCCCCCACUACAAUGAAGUCAAAUAAGCAGCUGGUACCCUGUCCUGAGGAGGCAUUCUACAGAUUAGCCAAAACCAAGGGCCGUGGAGGAGUGCCUCCACCACCAGCCGGAGUACUGAGAGGGGCACCAGCACCCAGAGGAGUGCCUCCCAGUAGAGGACCAGUCAGUCGUAGCCGUGGACUUCUAGCACCCAGAGCACGAGGAGUACCUCCACCUGCAGGCUACCGGCCCCUUCCACCACCUCCGGCACAGGAGACAUACGGCGAAUAUGAGUAUGAUGAUGGUUAUGGAACUGCUUAUGAUGAACAAAGCUAUGAUUCCUAUGAUAACAGCUAUAGCACUCAAGCACAAAGUGGAGCAGAUUAUUAUGACUAUGGCCAUGGACUGAGUGAAGAAACAUACGACUCUUAUGGGCAAGAAGAAUGGACCAACUCAAGACACAAGGCACCUUCUGCAAGGACAACAAAAGGAGUCUACAGAGACCAGCCAUAUGCCAGAUACUGAUUGUACUGUCUGAUGUUGUGAAAUAUCCAAUCUCCACCAGUCCUGUAUACUGUUCAAAGUAAUUUUUUCUAUGAACAAUCCCUUUUUAUUAAAUCAAAGCGCUUAAAAAUCUGAAUGGAUGGACUGAACUUAAAAUAUUUUGUUGAAAGAACAACCUGGACAUAAAGAUAUGUAAAACAAGGAACUUUGUUAUUUCCAAACUGUUUGAAAAAAUAGGUGAUCAAAAAAAAUAACCUUUGAUUAACUAGUGUUAAACAAAAAAUAGGUUUACUAAAUAUGUUAGUCCAUUCUUUUAACAUAAGUGUAACCUUUUAUUUUAAAGGUUUUCAACAAUUUAGUUUUUAGUUUUGAUUUUCAGCCAUUUGCUAGUUUUUCUCUUUGCAAACAUGCGUAAAAAGGGAAGCAAAUUACAAAUGCAAAUAAUGUGGUAUUUUGUAACUCAA